AUUUCAAUGGCUGCGCCCAUGAAGACAUAACUACUUUAAUUUAAAAUGCCAAACUUUUAUGUGUCAUCAAAAUGUUUUAUUGGAGAAGUUAAGCUUUCAUCUGAAGACACAGUUGUAGUUCACAAAUACAAAUUAGGUUUCGAACGAAAACAUUUGAUGAAAGUUGGCGAUUUUUGCUUGCAUGUGAAAGUGAAAGUAGAAAUCCUUGCAGCAUCGUCAGUAGAAGAAUCAUUGACUGGUCAAACUGUACCAGUUAUCGCAAUUUCUACACAAGUUAAAGACAAGGAAUGCUCCACCUUAAUUUGUUAUAUGAUUUUCGUUGAUCUUGAAAAAGAUCAGUUUAUUCCUUUGCGUAAGUUUGAAAUAAACUUUAAAAAUUCAUUUUCUAAACUGAGUGAAUGCGCCUCUAGGUCUAAUUUGUACCUUCUUGAUGGGCCAUGUGUGGCCUUAUGUGAGAGAUCAGAGGUUCUAAUGUAUUAUGUUCCAUAUGGAACAAACCUUGAGCAGUUCUCAUUCAACAUUAAAAGUUUAAAGGAAGGAAUACAUCAGUGUUGUAGCGGCUCGAAAUUAACUAUUAGGUAUCAGAACUCACUUGAAAUCAAAAGGAUCCUUGAUAAAUAUUUAUUAUUUGUGCGACUUCAACUUAAGUCUAAAUGUGCUGAACAUGGUUCUGAGGUUAAAAACAUUGUUAGAGUACUUAACUUUUCUGGAAAGCACUUUUCAGUUUUAAAUUCAGACCAGUUCUUUCCAAGUGAAUAUAAUGAAUGUGUGACUAGUAUAAAUGUAAUAUUCCUAGAACAGGUUGAUGUAGAAUUGUUCAAUAAUGAACUAUACUUAGGAACGUCAGAAGGUUUCAUUGUUCAUGUGAAGAAUGGAAAUAUUUUACACUGUAACAGUAUAUCUGAAAAUUGUUCUGUUACUUGCCUAAAAAUGGGGAAACACCUUGAAGAUGGUGCAAGAAUUCUAGCUGGAACUGAAGAAGCUUACAGUGAAAUAACAUAUGAAUUACAGGUGGAAAUGCAGUACACUGGUAUCAUACAUGCUUUGACUGGAGACUUCUACCAGGACGGUUCAUUGCAAUAUUUAUUGCUGAAACAGGAUUUUUCAGAAGGAUUUUGCUGGGUACUGACCAAUCUAAAAGGAAGAGUUUUGUCGUCAGAAGAUGGUGACACCGGUGACCAGAAACAGGCACCAGGCAGCUCGGACACAGCUCUUAAAGCACUGAAAGCUCGACUACAGCGAGAGCAGAUACUGCUGCACGAGGAAGAGUUACAAGCACGUAGGACUGCAGACUUCAUAAGUGAUAUGUUCACAAAACAGGUCUCCAUAGCAGCUGGUGUAUCGCCAGUCCCAGCUUCACAUCAGUCAAAUAUGAUGAGCUUAAUAGUGGGGGCAGAAGAUACUAAAUGUGAAGGUGAGCUUAAAACAGGAAGUAGACCUAUUGUGGAGGUGAAAGAUCACUGGCAGAGAACCUACGAGGACAGUUGGUGUAUCGGUGUGGAAGUUGUUUGCUCCAGUAACAGAUCCACCAAAAUAUGGUUAGAUGUUGUACAAGACGAACCUCAUACAAACACUUUGACCAUGAAAUCUUCAUGCUUAACAUUGUCUGCAGAUCGGACUGGUUCCCAUGCUAGUAUGGACCAGGAACUGAGUGCUGGAACCAGUCAUGUAGGGAACCAAGGGGGUGAUACUUUUCUUGUAAAAAGACAGAAAUUAACUGAGAACACGGAGAAAAGAGUGUCAAAUCCAGCUUUUCCAAGCAAAGGUUUAAAUAAUGUCAACUUACAAAGUGUUAAAGAUGUGGUUUCCAUAAAUGUAGGAACAGUAGUCUGUGUUUUACCAGUGCCAGUGUUUGGACGCACAAACAGUGUGACAGCAAAUUUGAUUGUAAACUGGACUCAUCCCGAACAGAGUAAUGUUCUUAAACAACAGGAAGCUGGUAGUGAUGAAGGAGAAAAGAGUAAAGGACACAGUGGUAGGAUAUAUACUCUAUGCUGUGGUAACAUCACAUUGAAUAGCAAGGAUGUACUGGAUGCCCGGUAUGAGCUCAACUUCAUUGUGGAGAGUGACAGGGAAGAUCAAGAAAUGGAUGAUUUUAAAGAACUGAGGAACAAUCUACUAGCAUGGCAGCAUAUACAGACCAUUCACACCCUGGUUGUUAAAGGCAACCCUGGUAUCCUGGCAAGACUGGAAUCUCUUCUCACCAGCCCCUGUGGGUUUGUGUAUAACCAACACUACGACUGCUACGUAACCGUGGUGAAAGCACUAGGCGCUAUACAGAUACAGCUUGAACCCCAGACCAGUGAUGAUGGUAGAAUGGUGAAGGUCUACACCAGGAAUGAUAAGGACCUGUUCUUAACAAUACACCACUUAUAUGCACAUCUACCAGAUCAUGUUGUGAUUCUACCAAGAGAAAACUCAUCUGCAGACAUGGUUAGAAAAUGUCUGCCUGCUCUUCAGAAGGAGGCUGACUUCCUGUCACAUGGUCUGCAAAAGCUUCUGGAUGACCAUGAAGCAGAAAAUGCUUCUUUGGAUGUAGAUGAUGAUGAAGAUGAUAGUGAUAUUAGGAAAGUUGGUGAAAAAUUCAAAAGAAGAAGGGAAAGGAUGCUACAAAAGCAGAAUGAAAAUUUGAAAGGUGAAAAAGUCAAACAGUUUAUGGAACAGUACAGAACAGUUCAAGAGUUGACAGAUUUGGCAGUGGCAACAGGGGGCGAUAUAAUUAGAGACCAAAAAAAGUGCAAUAGUUGAUUUAAAAAAACAUUAGCAACUUGUAUGCAUGCAAAUUAUAAUUCUAGAUUUUUAAGUCUUUUAGUAUUGUUAUUGAGAACAAUCAUUAUAUUUUAGAAAGUUUAACAGUUUAAAGGCAAGCUGUUGUUCAUUUGUAUUGAUCCUCUUCCCUCAGUAUUUUUACCAAGAAUGAUUCAUUCCGAAAGUUUAUGAUUAGAUCAAAGCAGUUAAUAAUUAUUUUGCUUAAUUGGAUUAAUAGUUAUUAUAAGUCUUAUGAAAUUUUCUUUGUUGAUGAGAAAAUCAGUUUUAUUAAAAUCUGUAUGAGUGUUCAUUUGAAUGAGUCACUGAUUUAUUAAAUUGUUCUUUUAUUCUUCUAUUGACUGUGAGUCAGUUAAUCCCGAUCGCUUCGCCUAACACCUGGUUUGAAACGUUUUAUUGGUCAUCAAAUGUAAUGGGCUGUAUACUUAAACCUUAAAUAGUAAUAAAUAAUGCUGCAUUAUCCAUAUUAUUUAUUUACAUGCAUGUUCACAUUGCAAACAUACUUUUGUGUAAUUAGAUCUUAAUCAAAUUAAAUGAGUUCGAAAUUUUUUGUAAGUAUCAAUGGCAGAGCAAUUAUUAUCUUUAAAUAAGUUUAUUAUAGUAAUCUUUCCUUUGAUAGUAGGGUAUACUUUGAAUUGACAUUGAUUUUUUAUAUCAUUCAGGUGUUAUAAUUUUGGUUAUUUUCAUUCAGGGUUGGAUCAAGUUUUAAGAGGUAUAAAAGUUUUCAACAAAACGUACAAAAAUAAAGAUUUUUUUUUUGUGAUUCUAUUUACUGUAUUCAGUUUUCAGGUGUUGUUAAAGCUUUAAAAUGAGAGUGUGGGCAUUGUUUUUUUUAAAGGUACUGACAAGUCAUUUAUAUUUGUGGGGAUAAUUUUUGUGGAUAUUAGGGCUGAAUCAAUCCAAGUAAUUAAAUCUCGGUGAAGAAGUAAAAUUCCCAUUCAUCUUAUGUUCAAAUGUUGAAAUCAACAAAUUCAUAUCUCUUCAGAAUUGAUUUUUGGGCCAGUAUCAUGAAAAUUCAAGCCCAUGUAUGAUGCAAGAAUGAAAAUUGUGUAACAAUUCCUUUAAUAUAACUAUUUUUGUAUAAUUAUAUAAAAUUUACAGUCUAUAAGAUUUCUUGUACUUCUUCUAAUGUUAAUCAGAUAGUUUUUACAUUUAAAUUAAAUCAAUAUAUCUUUCAAUUGUAAACGCCAAAUCUUGCAUUUUCAAACACUGCAUCUGGUGUUCCCUUGUUGAAAGAUAUUUUGAUCUUACACCGAGACAAAUGAACUUCCGUUAUAUAAUCUGCACGUUUCACAAAUGGUACAAAUAUAAUUUUACCUUUUAGGAAAAUUUUAAUUAUUUAUAGAAGCAAUAUAAAUCUGAUUAUUCUCUUUAUGUACAAAACCCCUCUCUGACAUACAAAGAACUUUGAUCUGCCCCUGCGUUUUAAGACAGUUUAGCCGAGACACUGAAUCAUAACAACAGGUGUUUAGCUGGGAAAAUAAGUCUUGCAUGAAAACUGCUUAUUAUCUGUUACAAGAUACGAAAAUUAUAAAACUGUACAAAUAAGUGUAUUUUUGUAAUACAAAUCCCCAUAAUUCUGUUGUUAAAUUAGGCGAGGUUAUAAUUUGAUAAAAAUUGAAAGAAAGCUUUACAGAACAUGUGUCACGGUAUACUUAAAAGGUGUUUUGAUUGUGAAACUGAAGAAAAUGGUAUUUAGAAUGAUUUAAGGAGAAUACAGGAUUGUAAAAUUACCAUCAGAUUAUGGUUAAAUGUAGAAAUAAUAGGGUAAAGAUAAGUUGAGAAAGGUGUGUAACUUUGUAAAAAUCCAAAUAUAGUUAUGGAACAUGAGCAUUGCAUGUCAGAUUUUCACAGAAAACAAUGUUUAAAAACAAGAAAUCAGAAUUUUCUUGUAUAGCCACAGUUUGGACAAAAUUUUUUAGCAUGUUCAUUUUCCCCAAGUUUCACAUAUUAAGAUGUAUAUAUAACAUUGAGAAAUGGUAAAAUGAGUGAAGAUAUUGAUUACUUAUUGGUAAAAAAGCAGGAUGAAUGUUUUAUUUCUCAAUUAUUUCAAAAGCAUUGCAACUGUUCACACCUUUAUGUAUAAUAUUUUGGGUUAUUUAUUAAGAUAUCUUGCAAAAAAUAUAUGUGAAUAAGAUUUUUCCAGUCGUCAUUUUUACACUUCAGACAUUUUCCCACCCACAUUUUAAGGAUUUCUGAGAGAAAAAAGUUUGCCUUAAAUGUGUUAACGAGUCGAUAGAAAAUUCAUAGUGCAUUUUACUUCUUAUUUUAUUAUGAUGGCUUCAGCCGUCAUUUCCCAUUCACCUAAAGAGUGGCCGUAUUAAUUUCAAGUGCUUCCUUUACAAAGCAAUUCUUCUUCAAAGCAAAUAUAAUGACCAUUUCAUUGAUUUCCAUAUUUGGUCAUCUGGGCAAAUUUGUAUGUACGAGUUCAUAUUUGAUUAGGGACCAUGAUUAUGCAUAAAUGACACUCGAAAAUUUUACUUCAGGAUGUGUCAGUGUCAUAUUAAGGAGUGUAAACAUGCAAUGUCAAAAUUGUACCAAAGUUAAAUUACUCCUUCAUUACAUAUUUUGAGUGUAGGACAAAAGUUUACAGUUGACAAGUUCCUACUGGCAAAUAAUUUCAAGAGGUAUAGGAUUGCACACCUCUUGUUCUUAAAAAAAAAUAUCAUAAAAGUAGUACCAGUUCAGUUUAUUUUGCUGUUUUAAAAAAGUUAAUAGACGUGACUGUAGAAAUAUUUGCUAUAAACCAGAGAUAAUUAUAAGAAAAACCAAAAGAUAGAAGUAGAAUUUCCACUUCAUCUGUCGAGAAAAUGUCAGUGUGGUUAAAAAUGUUUUGAUCAAAGGGCUAAGAUGACUUUCACUGGUCUUUUUUAUUUUUAUCUGAAACAGACCUUAAAAUCCUUAUCAUUUGUAAUUUGUGUUACAGUUGUACUUUUAAGAUCUAUUGAAAGUCACGUGUAUUAAAAUUAUACUCUGUU